AUGCGUCCUAUGGCUGCUUCGGCUUUGGGCGCGGCCCCUGGCCGGCUUUUCCGACGGCAGUCUCAGCCGACGUUUGCGACCCUGACUAACAAACAGGUGUUGCCCGAGUUCAGCCUCAAGGACAAGGUGGUCGUGGUGUCGGGUGCUGCCCGCGGUCUGGGUCUGGUGCAGGCCGAGGCGAUCCUGGAAGCCGGUGCACAUGUCCAUGCCCUCGACCGCCUGCCUGAGCCGUCACCCGACUUUGCGCGCGUGGCCGAGAAGGCCAAGAGCCUUGGCUCGUCGCUGACCUACCACCGUGUGGACGUGCGCGAGGAGGAGAAGCUCAACGACCUGAUCAAGGGCAUUGCCGACCAGCACGGCCACCUGGACGGUCUGGUGGCGGCGGCAGGCAUCCAGCAGGAGACACCGGCGCUGGAGUACACGGGCGCAGACGUGGACAAGAUGAUGGCAACCAACGUGACGGGCGUGUUCCUGACGGCACAGGCGGUGGCGCGGCAGAUGGUGCGGCUGGGCCAGAAGAAGGGCAGCCUGGCGCUGAUUGCAAGCAUGAGCGGCACGGUGGCGAACCGGGGCCUGAUCUGCCCGGCGUACAACGCGUCCAAGGCGGCAGUGAUCCAGCUGGGCCGCAACCUGGCGUCGGAGUGGGGCGAGUACGGCAUCCGGGUGAACACCAUCUCGCCGGGCUACAUUGUGACGGCCAUGACGGAGGCGCUGUUUGACAAGUACCCAGAGCGGCGGUCGGACUGGGCCAACGGCAACAUGCUAGGGCGUCUCAGCACGCCGGACGAGUACCGGGGCGCGGCGGUUUUCCUGCUGAGCGAUGCCAGCAGCUUCAUGACGGGCAGCGAUCUGCGCAUCGAUGGUGGCCACUGUGCGUGGUAG